UGGAGCUCGAGCUUCCCGCGUCUCUCGCGCAUCUCUCGCUCUUUCCAUGCUUCGCGGUUGGGGCAUUUUGUCGAAAACCUCGUCAGCAUUCCGUCCUACUGCUCCAAAAUGUUUCUUUUUUUCUCAUUUCCGCGUAUCGGGAAUAGCUCCGUCGACUUCGCUGGUAGCGUGGCUACCACCUGGAAUCACGGCCCUCUAUGCCCUUCUGAUGUCGUGGCGUCUCGGGUUCAGAGAGUUGAAAAGUUUCCAUCCCUCUUUUGCCCGCUUUGCUCAUUUUCUACUCGUCCUUGUUCCCCUUUGAGUGCUCUGGAAUCGCAUCCUCUUUGCUUCGUCAACUGAUUUCCAGCCAAUCUCUUUAUUUGAAUCAAUCGGUUAUUUAUCGUGUGCGUCGCUCUCAGUUCGUUGCUUGCGAGGAAAUCGGCGCAAGGGUGAAUUGUCAUGAAUUCUAAUAUCAAAUUCAAUUCUUUUAUUGAUAUUGAGGAACUAAACUCCAGGGAUCAAAAUGAAUCUCAAUUUUUCAUUAAGCGAAGUAGCACGUUCUAUAAUAUUCUUCAUAGAUUUCUGAAAGAAGGAAACAAGUCGAUUACCAACAUUGCUGAAAAUCUGGCAAGAAGAGCCACUGAUAACAGGAUAUUGCAUGAACCUCAAACAAGAAUCAGUGAUGCCAUUGAUGAAAAUGGAAAGCUUCACAACGGAAGUAAAACAAAAUCUGGACCCCUUUUCUCUGGAUUAGCGUACUGCAUUUCUUCCUGUAGCAUGAUCUUGCUGAAUAAACUCGUUCUGUCUGGCUAUGGUUUUGAUGCAGGAGUAUCACUGAUGCUCUACCAGAAUUUUGUAAGUGUCAUGAUCGUUCUAGCACUGGAGUUCCUUGGAGCAGUCUCCACAGAAAAGCUGACAUGGAAGCUGGUCCGAGUUUGGAUUCCUGUGAAUCUUAUAUUUGUCGGCAUGCUGGUGACGGGCAUGUAUAGCUUGAAGCACAUAAAUGUUGCAAUGGUGACAAUAUUAAAGAACAUGACAAAUAUUUUAACCGCCUUUGGUGAAAUCUAUCUUUUCAAGAAGCGCCAGAAUGGAAAAGUUUGGGUUGCUCUUUUUCUAAUGAUCGUAUCAGCUGUUAGUGGCGGCAUUACAGAUCUAUCCUUUGAUGCGAUGGGUUACACAUGGCAAAUUAUGAACUGCGUUCUUACAGCUAGCUAUUCACUGACACUCCGAAAAGUCAUGGACACAGCGAAGCAGUCAACCAAGUCCGGUUCAUUGAAUGAAGUUUCAAUGGUGCUACUGAACAAUUCACUAUCUGUACCAUUUGCCAUAGUCUUGAUCAUUCUCUCAGAUGAAUGGGGAUAUGUCUCUAAGUCAGACGUUAUCCAGCUACCUAUGUUUUGGGUUGCUGCUACAGUAAGUGGAUUGCUUGGACUGGCCAUUAGUUUUACAUCAUUGUGGUUUCUAAACCAAACAAGCCCCACUACUUACAGUUUGGUGGGAUCAUUAAACAAGAUUCCAAUAUCAAUCUGUGGUAUUUUGCUCUUCAAGGUCCCUGUGAGCUUGCCAAACUUGUUUAGUAUACUGUUCGGUUUAUUUGCUGGUGUAUUCUUCGCUAAGGCCAAAAUGUCCUGAUUACUUGUGAAGCCGAAAAAGCCGAUAAUGUAAAGAAGUUUUUAACUAUGUGAAAGAACACAUACUGCUCAUCAGGAGUUGAUCACACUGCUGUUCAAUACUCUAUUUGCCGUUCUCCGAACUGAAGCAGAGCGGUGUGAUGGCUAAGUUAUCAAACUAGUUUUGCAGUUCAUAUUUCUUGGGUAUUCUUUUGAAUUUGUCAUUACUCCAGCAUAUAUUAAAGAAAAAAGAGCUUAUAUAUACAUAUACACAUAUACAGUCUCCUACUAUACCCUGCAUAUAUAUAUAUAUAUAUAUAUAUGUUUUUCCGAGGCAGGAUUAUGUAUCUUAGGGCUUGCAAAAAUUCAAAUAGGAUGUAUAAG